AAAUAUACAAUAUACAUAUAUUAACAUAUAUAUAUAUAUAUAUUAUCCCUCUUUUUCCCACCACAAAAUCCUUACACACCACAGCUAUGACCGACAGAGUCUACCCAUCAACUAAACCCAACGGCACCACCAAAACCACCACCACCACCACAAGACUUCCACCGCCACCAAACAAAACCCAAUUCCAAACUCCCACCAACCGCCACCCUCACCGUCCAAACCCCACCACAAACCACCGCCAGUCUCGCCGACGAAGCUGUUUUUGUUUAUGCUUUUUUUGGUCAACUUUAAUCAUAGUCCUUCUUCUACUCAUAGCAACCAUAGCCGGCUGCAUUUUGUACCUCCUUUACCACCCUCGCCGACCAACAUUCUCAAUCACUUCUCUUAAAAUUUCCGAAUUCAACCUCGUACCAAACAAUUCAGACGACACAACAAAACUCACUUCAAAACUUAACCUCACCGUCUCAACAAAAAACCCAAACAAAAAGAUCACAUUUUUUUACAGCCCUUUCACCAUAACAUGUUUUUCUUCAGACAAUUCAGUACUAUUUGCAAACGGGUCAUUCAAAAGCCCGUUUGUUAGCAAACCCGACAACAUUACAAUCAUCCAUUCCACCUUGUACGGAAACUCUGUACUUAUGGAUACAGAGGUUGUAAAUAAAAUAAGAUCGGAUUUGAAGAAGAAAUCUGGGGUGCCGUUAAAGAUAGUGUUGGAUAGUGAAGCACGUGUGAAAAUCGAGAAUAUUGUACGGACCAAAAAGGUUGGGAUUCGGAUAAAAUGUGAAGGGAUUCAUAGUUUGGUACCGAAUAAUAAGGGAGGAAAUUAUAAUAAGACAUCAUCAAAAUCAGUGGCUGCUAAUGUUUCUGCUGCAAAGUGUAAGCUUGAUCUUAGAAUCAAGAUCUGGAAAUGGACCUUUUGAUGAAUUAUUUUUUUUUUUAUUUAUUUGUAUUAAAAUAUACAUAUUUUGGACUGAGGAGAUGAAAUUAAGCAAAGUAGAGGAGGCCAUGACGUUUUUUUGGUAAUUACCGUUGUUUGAGAUCAAAUUCCACAUGUAACCGUUACUUUAUUUUAUCUAUUAUUAUGUACACUACUUACAGAUAUAUGUUAAUUAUGAUCAUAUAUAUGAUGUGAUAUA